UGAGGAGCAGCAAAACAUGGUGGGCAGCACAGGCAGUUUCCUGGUCACCUCACUUGGAAUGUCUCACUGUGAGGAAGGACCCAAUUGGCUCCUCCUCCUCAGAAUGAGACAGGUAGAAGAAGGAGCAGCAGAGAAGCCUCCAACUAGUCAUCUGACUCAUCACUGGACAGCUCACUUGCCUGGUCUUCUGUUGCGUUUUUCAAUGUCAUCACCAUUUUUCGUCUACAAUGGGAUCUUAUUCCCCACAGCGCUGUCCUCAGCAGAAUCGCUCACCUAUCUGGAAAAAGAAUUUCGCUUCUUGGAUGACGAUCUACUGAGUGUCUCUUACCCCAAGUCAGGUGGCCAUUGGAUGGCAGAGAUCUUGUCAGCGAUCCAGCAUGAAUGGGACCCCUCGUGGGUUUGCAGUGAGAAAAUAACCUGGAUCGAGACUUUUGAUGGCAUGAAGACUGCCUUGAAAUAUCCUCCACCCAGAAUCUUGGCUUCUCACCUUCCAAUAAACCUUUUCCCUAAGACCUUUCUCGAGUCCAAGGCCAAGGUUAUUUACACCCUACGAAACCCCAAGGAUGUGCUGGUAUUGUUCCACUACUGCUAUAAAAAAUGGAAGGAUCCUGGAAGACUGGAUGAGUUCUUGGAGGAGUUCUUAGAUGGGAACGUGUCCCAUGGCUCCUGGUUUGACCACGUGAAAGGCUGGCUGCAGAUGAAGAAAAGGGAAAACUUCCUUUUCAUCACGGUUGAAGAGUUGAAACAGGACCUUCGAGGGAGUGUGGAGAAGAUCUGCCAGUUCCUUGGCAAGGAGCUGAACAGCCAGCAAAUUGACUCUGUGGCGGAAAACCCCUCCUUCCAUAAAGUGAAGAAUGAGGCUAUGCCCAUCUCAUCUCGGAAGCGAGGAAGUGUUUCGAUGCACAUUAAACAGCCACUUGUGCUGACAGGGCUACCCGGGGAUUGGAAGAACCACGUCACAGUGGCACAGAACGAAAUCUUUGACCGUUUUUAUCCAUCUCACAUUAAGGGUGUGGGUGUGAGUUUCCCCUGGGACUGAAGAAGAACAAAUGGUUGCUCUUGCUUGCUUUUUUGCAUCCCCACACCCUUUUAUCUCUCAUAUGAUGCAUGUCCCUCCUACCAAACCACCAGGCUGUAUCGCUGCUGAAUUAUUAUUUCUUCAGAUGUGAUCAGAAGAGGCUGGUCAGUAAAUGGUAUGGUUGUAUUGUAUUUUGUAUUUUCAAAUAUGGUAUGCAAGAGGUAGGGAACCUGUGGCCAUCC